AUGCGGCGGGACGUCGCACAAGCGGAAGACUUCGCAAAGCGAGGUUUGCGAACAACGCAAGACCCGCUUGGUGCUCUGCACUUUGAUCCCGAUGACAACCAAGUGCGGAAAGAUGUUGCUGUCAAAAAGGCAGUCGACCGCCUAAACAGCCAGAAAGUCACAUCCUAUGCAGAUGUUGCAACCAUCGUGGGUGUCCCACAGAAUGUCUACCUCGACUACAUACGCAAUGAGAUCGACACAGAGCAAAACUUUCUCCAGCUGCCCUGGACCAUUCUGCUGUUGCUGUCCUUUACGGUGCUCAGCAUGGGCUUGCUCCAGCAAGAUGUGGAGUUCGCGCUGCAGGAGGCCUAUGACCGAGACAUCGAGGAGAACGCCAAUUUCGCCUGGAGUGGGGCAUUCGGGCACCGGGGCCUGCACAACGUCAGCUCCAUCCCACAAUUCUGGUCCUGGGCGCGGCUGGGUCUCUUGCCAACUCUGGUACAGCCAGCCUGGGUCUACAGCGAGCCUAACCCGGUAGCUCUGGGACCCAACGUUCCCAGCAGCAAUCUCUCGGCCUUGCCACAGUCCUGGCUAUUUCGGGAUUACCGCAAGGCUGCACCGAUGCCCAACGACUACCUUCAUUUCUCGAAGCUUGUUGGGGGCAUCCGACUUCGACAGAUUGCAGCCGAUGUUGACGACUGCACACUGCCAUCAUUGGUGGAUCCUGUCCGCUUCGCGGCGUGGUUGGGAAAGCCGUGCACGCCCAGUUCCAUUGGUGCCCUGAGCCCGGAGAGACCAUCGGCGCAGCAAUUCAACGGCUUCUCCCGCACUCAGUACAUCUUACCGGGUGUGGACACGCUGCCGGAGAUGCAGAGGACUUUGCUGGAUAUGGAAGACGGCUGCAACUAUGCGCAUUCCAUCGGCGACCUAAGCACCUGCCUUUGCGACUGGUGCAAGCAGCAACCCCGUCAACCCUGGCUCGACGAGCAGACAGCACGAGUGGAAGUGAGCUAUGUUGUGUUCAACGCACAGUAUGGGCUCUACACCUACGUGUCCAUCAACUUCUUGCUCAAUCGAGGGGGACAUGUCUAUCGGUUUACGGACAUGAUCUCUUGUUUCCAGGACCCCCUGCGGACGUCGAUGGGCAAUUCCAUUCCCACUGCUAUCGCCAUCGCGAUUUGGGCAGUUCUUCAAGUAAAGCUGCUGAUCGAUGAAAUCCGCGAUGCGAUUCGCACGGUUCGCUCUUCGAAGCAUGGGAUCUGGCGGGGUCUGCUGCGCGACUACCUGCGCUUUUGGAACCUAGUCGAUUGGUUGUCGAUGAUCGUGGCCGGCAUGGCUGUCUUCUUCUGGCUCAACGUUCGCACUCAGGUGGAUGCAGUGAACUCGCUGAUGCCGGCCACCGUGCGCGCCACGAUGUACCCGACUGGGCAAGCUGUGGGAGAGAGGCGAGCCGCGUAUAAGCCCACUGCGGAGGCGUGGUUCACAGCUGCGGAGCAAAUGAGCCUGGCAAAUUCCGCCUGCACC